UUAUCAGCUAUACAUGAGUAACCUGAUAUACUUAACUACGCUUUGAAAGAGUGUUUACUGGACUAUUUUAUUCAUUACAUAACAUACCAUACUCCUUUGAAAAACAACUAUGAGCAAUAAUAGAAUAGCGGUAGAAUAUGAAAGAAAUAUUGUAUGCAAAAUAUGUUCAGGAUACAGUUAACAAAUGAAGGUAUUUGACUUUUACCUAAAUUAGUGUGUUCAACUACAUGCGCCUGACGCGGGUUAUCUUAUAAUGUGUGCUUAUAAUGUGUGUAGUCAAACACACGGUAAUGUUUUUAUGCAUUAAUACGCAUAUAUAACUUGUUCACUGUAUGGCAAAACUAACAAUGGAGUAUAGUUACUGUGUUCGUGAAGCAACGCCGGAAGACAAGCAAGCGGUGUUACAAAUACAUGACAAUGUGUAUGACGGCCUGGAUUACUUACAGGACUAUUAUGAUUACUUUCAAAACAGCGAUCACGUGACUCCUUAUGUUUACACUGAAAACGAUAAAAUUAUUGCAUAUGUAGCUUGUUGUCGUGUGGACAAUGGGGAGACCGCUGUGACAAGAGCAGGUCGUGUAUGCCCUGAUCAUCACGGAAAACAUCUGUAUAGUCGUUUUAAAUCUGAAAUUGAGACUCUCCAAAAAGCGGAUGGUAUAACUAGACGACAUGCGCUUAUAAAAAGUGCACCUCCCUCUGAAAGGUUCUUAAAUUCCUACAAGCCCGUCGCAAAGAAGGACAUUUAUUUGUUUGAAUACAACAGAGGCAAUGUAUCGAGCAAAUUAAAGUUCCUUGCUUCAGAUCACAGCCCAAGUGCGAAAGUUAUUGACACUAUACCGGCUGACUUUCUGUCUCCUCCAUACAGUAAUUACUUGUUUCCGGAAGGACGUGUUAUACUGGACUGGGUACCAUUUCGUCUUUUACUAGCAAAUGUCCCUUUGUUCAAAGGAAGGAAUACAGUCUUCUAUACGGAUAUCACCACGGUUGAAACAGAACGCAAACGAGAAAUUAACGAUGAGCCUACACAAUUGAAAACCAAACAUGCUAUCCCUCAUCCAGUACAAGGUCUUUUGUCGGCAAGUACCGUCUUUAAGGCUCAUCAUGACUUAGAUUUGUCAUGCAACUUGGAUGUUUUCGGAACCGAUUUUCGCUCUUUACGGGAUCAUAUCAUUUUCCACCUGCAGCGAAUAGAUGCCAUAGGUCUCGAAAAGAUAAAUCUACGAGUUUAUACAAUGAAAGGAGUAGAUGCCAGCCCUUUGCUAGAUCCAUUUCUGCGGUCGUUAGGAGUGGAAACACUAACAAGAGAAUCAACAAUAAACCAAUAUAUAGAACAAGUUAUUUACGAGAAGGAGAUAAACGGGUGAAGUAAAAAAAAAACUUGAUAUUUUCUAACGAAAAGAAGUUUGGAUGUCUGAGUUGCUUUCAGUUGGUAUGAGCUUGGAAAAUAUGUAUGGGCUUGAUAAUGAUACUAGGUUAUAGUUAAUUAAAAGAAUUCUCCAAAUAUGUGCUUUUACCAUGGAAAAACCAGGAUGACUGUCCAAAAGGGAAGGACACGUCCCAAAAGCAGAUCCUCCUCUAACCGCUUGUUCCUUUUGCAAAAACAGGAUUCUUAUACAACAAAAGGUUUAAGUAACAAGCAGUCUCUGUAUUACAAAAGAUGUUGUAACAUGUUUAUCAAGGCCUUCGCUAUAUAUAUCAACAAAGUUAGUCCUAGUUUUUUUUAAAGGGGUGAUGUUUUACUUAGAUGUACCCUUAAGUCAGUGGUUUGCUUUUCGGCGUUCAUAUUUAGAGAGGUAAGUUGUUGAGAAGAACAUGCCUUGGAUUGACUUCUUAGUUUGUACUAGUUUACAACCAUGUUUUUGUCAUUUAUGUAAGAGCGUAGUUCACCGAGGAAUUGUUUUGUUCCAAAACGUUGAAUUUAAUAAAGGAAGUGUGAAAUUUGCUAGUAACCUCCUAUACGCUUUUCCAGCGUUAGGGUUAAUGGCCGCUCCAAGCAGCGUGUUUUCAAUUUGCGUUUCUUCUGCGAGGUUCAUUAUGUGAAUGUUGUGUUGUAGGUUUAUGACGUAAUUCUCCUCCACUUUUAUAUUGAUCCAAUUAUAAACAACGCAUUUGUUUAUAACAAAAAAUAAUAAAUGAUUGAAUAAA